GGCUCAUUUUCAACAUGGAGGUGGUUUGUUACUCUGCUUUGCACAUUUAUUAAUAAAUGAACUGUUUCAGACAUUAACAAUUUUUUUCAGGAGCACAAAAAAAUAACCAGAGGGUGUUUUCUUUGUAAUACCGGGACAGCUGAGUCUUUGAGAAUUAUGCAGAGGCCGAAUUUCCGACAUCCUCCUCCACCUGGCGGAGUAGGCCCGAGACCGGGGGGGUUUCGUAGUCCCGGCGCCGGGUUCGAUAGCGGCAGAACGGGCAUGUUUCCUCCGCCGCCCCCUCCUCCGUGGGCCUUUUCGAAGGGUCCGCCUCCGUCGUUCGGGCCUCGCCACGGGCACUUUUGCGGUUCUCCCAAUACUCCACCGAGGGAGUUUUAUGGGAGCAACGGCAAUGGUAGUGGCAGUGCCAGUGGUGGAGGAAGCGGGGGAAAGAGCCGCUUCCAGAGCCCGUCCCCGGGCCACACGCCGCGGCGGCGGCAAACUGCGAGCCCCAGGUUUACUCCUCCCUACAAAAAAGCCCCCUAUCACUCUCAGAGUCCCGGACAUCACACGGGCUACCAUCAGGGUUCGCCGCGGACCUCCACCCCGUUUGGGUCGACGCGUGACAGGGAGAGGUUGGCAAAUGAUGUGGAAAAGUAUUACAGCCCGUCAAUGCUGCAGGACCCCUGGGCAUCUCUGCAGCCAGUUGCAGUCACAGACAUUAACCCCAAGUGCAGCUCAGAGCACGCCACACACACGGGUAGGAAAGGGAGGUAUUUUAACUAGACUCGCGCAACUAUGGACACACGUUACUGCAGGAGUACAGUUUGAUGGUUUUUAUUUGGAUACAUGAGUGCUUGGCAAUGGGAGUAUAGAAAUGAGGUUAUUGCAUACUGCCUUACCGGUACAACAGACUUGAAGUCGUUUAAAACCACCAGCAACCAGUCUGACUGUUAUCUUUCAAAGCAGCAGCUCUUCCUCUCGAAUACCUCCUUUUUGCAUGCAGACAGCUGAAAGCUCCUGUUUUUUAAAAACCACGUAGGGCUUGACCCCUUACAGGACUCGCUGCAGAACGUAGUCGCUUGCAGCCCAUGUACGAGACGAACGUAGCCCACCACCAAACGUGUGUGUGCGCGUGCGGAUUCAUUACCCGUCGUCGUUGGGAAGAGAAGUCUGCAAACAAGGAUGCGUUGAUUUGUUUUGCAAAUACGAGGAACUUGUUUUGACUAUACUUGCCCAUAAUUGUGUACUGCUGUACACCACCUGUAGAUGUGCCGGCAAGUCCAAAAGCUGGCAUGUAGAUUUCCAUUUCCUUCCAUUACCUAAUGAUGUUAAUAUUGUAACUAUAUUUCUCACCAGUAAUUUUACAUGGGGUGGCAAUCCAGUGGUGGUUUCCCCACUUUUUUUUUUUAAAUUUUUUUUUGAGAGACUCCAGCAGACCAGUGUUUGUACAACACUUGUAUGAACUGUACAUACCACCAGUGGUAAUACAUGAUUGUGACUUAGUCACAGGAACUUGGUGUACAAUGGCAAUAUGAAUCAAAGGACUCUUUUGGAUGGUGUUGAACCACCAAAAGAUUCAAAGACUGCAUAUCCUAUGUAUAAAAAAAACUACAGUACAUAGAUUUUUGAAAUAAUUGUGUAACUUGUCACCAUCUCAGGUUUUUCUAAAUGUAAAUAUUUUACAAGAAAAGUUGAGUCAAAUAGGUGUUGUUUUUUAUUUCUCUACAUCUAAUUUCAUAAAAACACUUUGCUGUUCAGUACAUGCUGGAUGCACCAUUGAGUGUCUGUGUUCUGUGAUUUAUAUUUAGAUUUUUUUUUUUUUCCCCCCCCCUCUGUUUUAGUCAUGAAUGACUUUAGGUUACCAUUUUAGAGCAGCAUUUCUACUGAAUGCUUCAGACCUGUCAUACCUUUUUAUAUAUAAAAUAUUUUGUGUGUUAUGCGUGAUAUACUUGUAUUUUGCCCAGGAUUAUUGUGAACCUGGACCAGUGUGAUAAUUGACCAGUAAAACAUGUUUUUCAGAGACUUGCAUGCCAAAGGUAACUGGCAGGUUGCCUUUUCUGCAGUCUGUCCACAGCACACUCUGCCUGCUUGUAUUAUUUACUUCAUAA